AUGGGUCCUCUAUUGCGGCUAUUUCGGCUUCCGCGCCCAAAGUCAUUUCUGUAUUUGAUGUCACUUCGGACGGGCACGGAGCUUAUCACGCUAUCAGUCGCCAUCAACAAAGUGUCCGCUAUUUUUGGCCUCCUUGCCAUCCUGACCGGCGUUCAUCUUUCGCCCAUGCAGCUGAGCAUGUACAUAUACAGCCUUAUAGUCCUCAGUUUAAUGGUCUUCUUGGCUCCUGCGAUAAGGAAACAAGAUCCGUUGCGAUGCCUUGCCCUCGCCUGGCUGUAUAUUCUCGAUAGCGCCAUCAACGCUGCGUACACGGCCGCCUUUGGAGUUACUUGGUUUUUGGUUCUGAGUCAACAACAUUCUGGCUCAAAUGCAGGUGAAGCAACUCCUGGUGGCAAGACCAUGGACGAUGCGGCAGGCUUCACCAACCCCAAGUACAACGUGUCUCGUGUUGAUGUCGUCGCCACCCCUGCAGCGGGACUCACAGCCGGCCAAGACGCUGUCGCUAUCGGACAAGGCAACAGCGGCUCCCUUGGCAGCGGCGUUCUCCAACCUGAGAGCGUGUUCAGCAUCACGCUCAUCUCUGCUCUGUGGGCAGUGCGGCUGUACUUUGUUCUCGUUGUCAUGGCAUAUGCGCGCAGUGUCAUUCGUCAGCAUGUCUUUAUGCAGUCCUCCACAUCUCGAAACAACAAGUUCUAUGCUCCAACCCCCCUUGCCGGCACUGAUGAUGAUGGAGACAUGGCGGACAACCCAUUCGCUGACGGUGCGCCUGCUGGAUCUGGCUGGCAGGGCCGUGUUGGGCGUGCUAUGGUUGCCAUUGGCCGAUCGUAUUGGUUGGGCGGCGCUGCUCACGAUCCGACCGAUGAUGUUUGGGCUCGUGGCAUGGGUGGCAAAUUCCGACGCACUGCCGAAACUUAUGGCCCGGUUGAGCGCGAGCGCAGACGACGCAGUGGAACUGGACCCCCAGCUCCUGCCACUCCUUUGACCCAGGCAAACCACUCUAUCGAGCUGCAGGAAGCAAGACCGUAG